CCCAGCCAGGGUUCGCGUAGUGCUGAGUUGGUGGAUCUCUGACUGCCUGGUGGCUCUCACAGAGCUUUGGCAGCCUAAAUGAGGGCGCCUAACGCAUUUGGACGACUUACGCCCUCUCUUCAGUAACUUUGAUGGGGACCUCGACAUUAAUCAGGGAAAAUGCCUGUGAUGAAGGGAUUAUUAGCGCCUCAGAAUACGUUUCUGGACACUAUAGCUACAUGGUUUGAUGGCACUCACAGUAACUUCAUCCUGGCCAAUGCUCAGAUGUCAAAGGGCUUUCCCAUUGUCUACUGCUCUGAUGGCUUCUGUGAACUCACAGGCUUUUCUCGGACAGAGGUCAUGCAAAAGAGCUGUGCCUGUAAGUUUCUGUAUGGGCCUGAGACCAGUGAAAGCAUCAUCCUGAGCAUUGACGAGGCCUUGGAAGAGCGCAAGGAGUUUAAAGAUGAGAUCAUGUUCUACUCAAAGACAGCUGCUCUCUUCUGGUGUCUCCUGGACAUUGUGCCCAUUAAGAAUGAGAAGGGUGACGUGGUGCUGUUUCUGGCCUCAUUUAAGGACAUUACUGACUCUAAAGUCAAAACCACCCAAGAGGAAAAGAAAGAAGAGCGACGACGCGGCAGGGUGAAAACGGGCUCUUCAUUCAGCUCGGCUCGUCUGCGGGGCAGCACGGUGCUCUACCACAUCUCUGGUCACCUCCACAGCAGGGAGAAGAGCAAGAUUAAAAUCAACAAGAAUAUGUUUGGCGAUCCACCUGCUCUACCAGAGUAUAAGGUUGCAGAUGCCAAGAAGUCCAAAUUCAUAUUGCUUCACUACAGCACAUUUAAAGCAGGCUGGGACUGGCUGAUCCUGCUCGCCACCUUCUACGUAGCUGUAACAGUGCCCUAUAAUGUGUGCUUUAUUGGUGACGACGAUGAUCUGACCCGGAGCACAACUGUCAGUGAUAUUGGUGUGGAGAUCCUCUUCAUCAUUGAUAUUAUUUUCAAUUUUCGCACCACCUUUGUCAGCAAGUCAGGUCAGGUCAUCUUUGACGCUCGGCAGAUAUGCAUCCAUUACCUGACGACGUGGUUCAUCAUCGACCUGGUGGCUGCACUGCCUUUUGACCUGCUCUAUGCUGUCAAAGUCAGCGUGGUGUCCGUGGUGCACUUGUUAAAAACCGUCCGUCUACUUCGUUUGCUGAGGCUCCUGCAAAAGAUGGACCGAUAUUCGCAGCACAGCACAGUGGUCCUCACCCUGCUCAUGUCUAUGUUUGCACUUCUGGCCCACUGGAUGGCCUGCAUCUGGUACAUCAUCGGCAAGAUGGAGAUGGAGUCUAAUGCCUACAACUGGGAUAUCGGGUGGCUCCAUGAGCUCGGAAAGCGUCUGGAGUCUCCAUACGGUGGUGUGGUAGAAGUCAACACUACUGGCAGUGGUCCCUCUAUCCGUAGUGUUUACAUCGCCUCACUCUACUUUACCCUCAGCAGCCUGACAAGUGUGGGCUUUGGCAACGUGUCCGCCAACACGGACGCUGAGAAGAUCUUUUCUGUUUGCAUCAUGCUCAUCGGAGCACUGAUGCAUGCUUUGGUCUUUGGCAAUGUGACAGCCAUUAUCCAGAGGAUGUACUCUCGCUGGUCCCAGUACCACACCAGGACCAAAGACCUCAAGGAUUUCAUACGUGUCCAUCAUCUGCCACAGAGCCUUAAGCAGAGAAUGCUUGAAUACUUUCAGACAACCUGGUCUGUCAAUAAUGGAAUUGACUGCAAUGAGCUGCUAAAAGACUUUCCAGAUGAGCUGCGGUCUGACAUCACCAUGCAUCUUAACAAGGAGAUCCUGGAACUGUCAUUGUUUGCCUCUGCCAGUCGCGGCUGCCUGCGCUCGCUGUCACUGCACAUUAAGACAUCCUUUUGCACCCCAGGGGAAUACCUCCUCCGACAGGGCGAUGCUCUCCAGGCCAUCUUCUUUGUCUGCUCAGGGUCCAUGGAAGUGCUGAAAGACGAAAUGGUGUUAGCCAUCCUAGGUAAGGGUGACCUGAUUGGAGCGAACUUGUCAUUAGACAACCGCGUCAUAAAAACCAACGCAGAUGUGAAAGCCCUGACCUACUGUGACCUGCAGUGUAUCAACCUGAAGGGGCUCUAUGAGGUGUUGGACCUCUACCCUGAAUACUCUCACCAUUUUGUCCAGGACAUCCAGCGGGACCUCACCUACAAUCUGAGAGAAGGACAUGAGAUACACGUGAGUACCUGACUGUCAACAGCAGGAGAGGAGUCUCAGACUGGGGGAAGAAGAAAUGGGCGUGUGGUCCAAGGUCGACCCACAGUUAGUGAGGCCCAGGAAGGACCCGAAGGGGGUACAGACGAGGAGGAACCUGACAACACUGAGUCUGUUUCUCUUCUGACCGAGCACCAUCGAGCCGAGAACCUAAAGGACGCCGUUGGGAGGUCUCCUCUCCGGCCAUCCCGCCAUAAGACCAUCACCCACUGCACGGGUCGGUCUCAGAAAAAAAAACAACAGGAAGUUACAGCAACUACCCUAGACCCUUCCAACCUCAGCCCUAGGAUAGGGGACGGUACUGAGGACAGUGAGGGAACAGAAACCUCCCAGACGUUCUCUUUUUCCACGAGCCUUGGCUGCCCUGUCAGUGAACAAACCAGUGCCUCAACGUCCAACACAGAUAUGCUGCAGAUCAGCACAACAGAAUUUGCAGCCAAAGCGGAGGAGACCAGGGGACAACUGCGACACCUCGACCAGCAGGUGAGCACCCUCCGGAGGGAAGUAGCCGACCUCGGGCAGGUCAAGAAGAGAAUGGCCACGCUAAUGGAGACCCUUACGCCGUCGGUGCCCCAACCUGCAAUAAUCUGUCCUACACAUUACUCUCCAGCACAUCACACAUACAUGCACUGUCCAUCCCCUCCUCAGUCCUACCAUUCACCAUCUAAGGCUGCCUCCAUCUGGACGGACCCUCCCAUGCCAUUGCCCUGCUCAUCCCUCACAAUGUCCCAGCAGCAUACUGCGAUGUGCUUCGCAGACUCACAGACACACAGGCCGCAGAGCCUCCAGUUAGUUCAUCCAGCUAUCCCCAGGUCAACUCCUCCUUUAACUCCAGACUUAUCGUCUAGGAUACCACAGCUGCCCUCUGGCAUCCCAGAGGUUUCGAUGGAUUCUGGCUCUAUCAGAUUUACGGUACAAAGUCCGCCUCCGCAGGACGGAGGGGAGGAGGACCCACAUAGGAGCCCGGGAUGUUCUUCUCAAACUGGACACAUAAGACUUUAUCAGAGUCCAGAUCAGGGUUUGUAGCAUAUUUCCAUUGGAAUUACCAAGAAAUCUGCAGGACUAUAUCCAGGACACAUUUUUUUGGAAUAUUCCUAACCUAAAAUACAGGACUGUUCAGCUGUGGUUUCCAAUAUCGCGGCAAGGCAUCUACUGUAGGAGAAUUCGACAAGCAAUUCCCUUUGUUCCAAAAGCUUUUCCAAAUCCAAAUGCAUGAGAAGAGGAGCUGAGUUUUUACAGUAGGUGUAUUAUAUGAAAUAGUUUGUGUUCUUACCUGGCAAGGCAUCUACUGUAGGAGAAUUCGACAAGCAAUUCCCUUUGUUUCACAAGCUUUUCUAAAUCCAAAUGCAUGAGGAGAGGAAUUGAGUUUUUACAGUAGGUGUAUUAUAUGAAAUAGUUUGUGUUCUUACAUGGCAUUCAGAUGUUUGAGUUAGUUUGGGAGCUUUAUGGUGGAGGAUCUACAUGUAUG